AUGGUUCUACAUCAAUUGCCUGGUCCUGUGACAGACCUUCCCCAGGAUGUUUCCGAAGCUUCUACUGGAUCUUACCACACCAUCCCAAUCCAAUCCUUCCCAAUGUCUUCACCAAUGAAUGUCUCAUCUUCCCCUGACCCUGAUGAACCUCACACAGUGUCUUCACUCCCUAAAUCACCUACAAUACCCCCUGUAGCCUCCAAUGUCUCCAACAAUGGCAGUAACUUCCCAGUCUCCAAUCUACAUCUUCUUGCAGAAACUAGCAAGUAUGUCACAGCAUCAGAGGGAGGUCAUAGUUCAGAUCCCCAGGAAUUUGUCAUCUACAGCAACAAUAUAGUUCAACGACCUGCCAACAAUAUUCUAAGAACAUGGUGGUCCAUCUCUUUCAACACCUUGAUGCCUGUUGAAGAUGUUGACCCCAUCAAGUGCAUGAUGCUUCAUUUCCCUAGAGCCUAUGCCACUCAUGUCUCACAUCCUCCCAUAGGAAUUCCCAUCAAUGGUAACCCUGCCUUCAGCCUACGACAUGUUUCUACCAUCACCCUAGGAGCUCUGUGCACUGCAGAACCCAUAGGAAAUUGGAACUCAUCAGAUAAGAAAUGGGAGGAGGACACUUGGGAAUAUUUGCUGACACAGGAAUCAAAUGCAUUGGAAAGUCUAUGGGCUUUGCUUCAAGCCAUGGGAGAUCUUGGAGUAGUUGAUGAAGUUAAUUGUUUCUGGGCUGUUGAUGCAAAACUAGAUCUCCUUUUAGCUGUGCAAGGAUGA